AUGUCCUCCGAACGCAGUAGGAUCUCCCUGAGAUCAGGCCCCCGGCGGAAGGGGGGUCGCCCAACCAUCAGCGCCCCGAGACAGAUCUCUGAACCCAUCCCACAGAAUGGACCGUCUCCCUUGCGCAAUGCGAAUGGCCCUGCCAGUGGCCCGGCCCUGCGACCCAUCAAUGAGGCACCGCCGCCUCCCCAGCAGCGCCAGCGCCCUCCGAUUCAGCCUGGCGGAGGUAAUGCGACCUCCGACCUGGUCAAACGACGAUACUCAACGCGCUUUGGCAACUUUGCCGAGGCAGGCUUCGACGUCAACAACCCCCCCGUGCCCGCCUUGCCCACUCUCGACAAGUACGAGUCUCGCGAGAAGCGCGGAGGGCCUCCACCAUCUAGAGGUGGCGCGGCACCCGCGAUCGACCUGAAGGCUCUGCGAGACCCCAAUCUCAACGCCGAUCAAUAUGUCGCCGGACUGCUCAGUGAUGCAACCGAGGACCAGAUUCAGGAGUACCAGGACUCCCUUCGACAGCUCAAGGCAAGAGCCCAGGCCGAUCUCCAACAGAAUGUGAUGCAAAACCGCACCCAGUUCAUCAAGAUUGCCCACGAAGCCGACAAGCUGAAGGAUGAGAUGCGGACGCUCCGAAACCUCAUGGCCGAGUUGAAGGCCAACACAACCUCUCUCCGCGCAGCAGCGGGUGGUCGGAACGAAUCAACCAGCCUCAAUGGCGAGCUGUCGACGGGCCUCAGCAAGAGGGACAAGCGCAGCUCCGUAGCCGACCGCAGCGCCUUGUGGAACUCGCAGAUGCAGGCCCUUUACAAGAACGUCGAGGGGACGCAAAAGUUCCUGCCCAACGCCCCCGGUCGUCAUGUCAUACAGAACGCCGGCCAGUGGAUCGAACUCGACAAUGCCACCUACAAGUCCCGGCGCGCCACACAGAUCUUCUUGCUGAAUGACCACUUGCUUAUCGCGUCGCGCAAGAAGCGCAAGACCGACGGGCCGCCCCGUGAGGGACAAGGCAACAUCAUCAAGCUGGUUGCAGACCGGUGCUGGCCCCUCUUGGACGUGGAGGUCUUCGACAUGGCUGGGUCGAGCGAGUCGUCCAGCACGAGGAGCAAGCUGACAGACGCCAUUCGCGUCCGAGGCAAUGGCCAGGAGUCUUUCAUCUACCGCACGGAGAAACCGGACGAUCCCGACAAGCCGUCCCUGCUUCUGAACAUUCGCAAGGCCGUGGAGGAGCUCCGCAAGAGCCUGCAGUCUGAGAUGGAGGCCAACAACAAGACCAAGGAGACGAUCAACUACUUUGCGUCACGCGACCCGGGGCUGUUGCAGAAGGCUGAGCUCCUGGAGACUCUGUCGGAUAUCAAGGACAUGCGCAUCGAGGUGGACGGCAACCAACAGAACCUCCGCUGGGUGGAGGGCCAGAUGGACGAGCUCGACAUUGAGAUUGCGCUGCAACACUUUGAGAAUGCCGUUGAGAGGGUUGAGAAGCUCAAGAAGCUUGCGAGGGGUUUGAAGAGCAACGCCGUGGCGCAGGAUUUUAUCAAUUUCAAAGUCGAAGAGCGCUGCGUCAAGGUGGCCGAUAUGCUGCUCCGCGAACUCGACAUGUACCACAACAUGGCCACCAAGACGAGGCGCAUCGUGUCAUGGCUGACAAGACUCGGCUACGAAGACCGUGCGCGCGAGUCGUACCUCCUGGCGAGGCACAACGUGAUCCAGCAUCGAUCAAGGCAAUGCACGUUCCAGGGCGACCUUCACCAGUACAUCUGGGAGAUCUCGUUCUGCUACUUUACGCUCAUCAAACACACCGUCACCGUUUACCAAUCUUGCUUCCCGCCGCCCAUGAUGAGCACUUGCGUCAAGUGGGCCAAGGAAGAGGUGGAGGCCUUCAACCUGAUUCUUUCUCGCCAGCUCAGCAGCACGGAGCGCGACGGCAAGGUGUGGUCCGAGUGCAUGGAUCGCGCGCAGAAGCACGCCUCCAUGCUGGCCGAAGUUGGCUUGGACUUCAAGACAAUGGUCGGCCAGGAGCUGCGUGAGUUUAAGCGGUCAGAUAGCCCAGUAGGCCUGGGCUUGGAGUGA